AUGGGUAUAAGUAACUUUGCAGAUAUUUGUUCUCAAACACCACUACCGCUCUGCUCAGUAGUGAAAUCGACUACACAUUUGUUAUUAAAUAAUUCUACAAAAAUAAAUAAUUUCAAUCCACAGCACUUGGAUAUUGGUAUAUUACCUCGUUGCUAUGCUAGAUCCAUUGAAUUAUCCAAUACUAUGAUUUUUGGAGUUGGUAAUGCAUUUAUUAAUAUCGGUGCCUUAGGAACUAUUUUAAUUAUUAUAUUUAAUAUUAGACAAAAGUAUACUGCCAUCGGAAGAGCCGAGUAUCUAUAUUUUUUUUACCUAUCACUCUUAUUAAUCAUUUUCACUUUAAUAGUAGACUGUGGUGUUUCUCCACCAGGUUCGGGUUCGUAUCCAUACUUUGUAGCCAUUCAAAUUGGUAUUGCCGGUGCCUGUUGUUGGUCAUUAUUGAUUAAUGGUUUAUUACCCUUUAAUUUCUGGGAAGAUGGGACUAGAAAGUCUAUGACAAUUGUAAGGAUCACAUCAUUUCUUGGAUUCUGUGCCAAUUUUCUAGCCUCCAUUUUAACAUUCAAAUCAUGGAUCCAACAUAAUGAUAUGCAUUCGACAAAUGCCACAGCAAUGAUCAUUGUUGUUUAUAUUGUCAAUACCGUUUUUCUAUUUUUUUAUGUUAUAUGCCAGUUGUUAGUAUCUUUGGUUAUGUUAAGAAAUCUUUGGAUUACUGGUUCUAUCCUUCUGGGCGUAUUAUUUUUUGUCGUCGGUCAAAUAUUAACUUAUGGGUUUUCAACUCAGAUAUGCGAGGGUGUAAACCAUUAUCUAGACGGUUUAUUCUUUGGCAGUCUUUGUAAUACAUUUACAUUUAUGAUGGUUUAUAAGACAUGGGACAUGUCCACGGACGAUGAUUUAGAGUUUAGUGUUAAUCUCAACAAGAAUGAUGACAUGGUCUAUAACAAUAAUUAUUACUAA